CAAGACGCGUCAGUUCACAGACGACCUCCGUUCCGUCGGAUGUGAGGAAAAUUUUUUGUCUGUAAAAUUAUCGGGUUCUCUUAUUGAGACUCGUAAUUUCGUGGUUUUUCGAGGAGUGAAUUUGUAAUCAUGAAAAGUGUAAGAAUGUGCGAAGUCGGCUAAAAUCAAUAAAAACAGGAAUAAGUCGAAGACAAUCUCGACGACGAGGAUGGCGUGCACGAAUAAUUGCCGUUUCUGAGCGUCGAAUAAGGAUCGCAGAAGGUCACGUCCGUGUGAGAAAGCGAGACAAAGUGAGCAGAGAUGUCGCUGAAACUUCGAACAAGAUCCGCCCAGCCGGCUUCAAGUGUUCAGCUUCGUCGCUCGAAAUUGACCAAGCUCUAAAACGAAUCUACGAAUAAAUAUAUAUAUAUUAUAUAUAAAAGAAAACCGGAUCGUUUGACGAUUUAAUAAAAGAGAAAGGAAAAAACGGGAGAAAAAGAGGAGGAUCUGAAAAGAGAACUGCCUUUUUUUUGUAGCAGAAUAGAAAACGUUAAGAGAUAUUUUGGUAAAGAGUAAACGUAAUUAGUGAAAAUAGUAGCGGCGCUAGUUGCUGUCUGCGAAAGAGCCACGUUAAAUGGUCGCAUUUAGUGCACAAUUUCCGCUUUGCUCGCGUGUCCCGUAUACCGUAUACCGUGUUCUCCGCUCGAAGAAAUCAUCGAGGAUUUUCAAGUAAGAAGCUGGAGAAUCGCGGACGUUCUCCGGUCCCAUUUUAUCCACGAGUAAGCGAGUCGCGGUCAAAGUGAAGUGUCUCGGUCUUAGUGAGAUGGCCUUCAUGAUGAAGAAGAAGAAGUACAAAUUCUCAGUGGAGGUGGACCUCGAGGAGCUCACCGCGGUGCCAUUUGUGAACGCAGUGCUGUUCGCUAAGCUCAGACUCCUCGACGGUGGAUCCUUCGUCGAUCAUUCGACCAGGGAGGAAGUACAAGAGCAUACGGUUAGAUGGAACGCUAAGUUCGAAUUUCUAUGCAAGAUGAGUGCCAAUGCGUCCACUGGUGUUCUUGACCCUUGCAUUUUAAGGAUAUCCGUGAGAAAGGAAUUGAAAGGAGGCAGGUCCUUCCAGAAGCUUGGCUUCACCGACCUGAACCUCGCCGAAUUCGCAGGAGCUGGACUCUGCAGAACGAGGUAUCUUCUAGAAGGAUACGACGCGAGACAUCGGCAGGAUAAUUCCAUGUUACGCGUUGCCAUCAAAAUGAAUAUGCUCUCAGGAGAUAUUCUAUUUAAAGUACCAUCUCCAUCGUUGAAGCAAACGCAACUCGCAGUACCCGGUGUGCCAGGUGUUUCUGGUGUGACAACGGACGAAACUGUGUCUGAGAGGUGUACUAAUCGAGAAGACUUUGUAUCCAGUGGUUCCUUAGCUGGAAGCAUAGCUAGUGCCAGCAGUGGUUUUGGUAGUCUUCCUAAAAAAAGGCCUCCCCUCUUUUCUUCGGAGCUUCUCAGUGGGACAGAGUCAUAUGAUCCAAUGACCCUGAGCGAGAUUGUACCAUCGGCUCUUCCAGUGGAAACUCUAGCUGAAGCGCACACAGAGUCGGGACAUUCUCGUAACAGUAGCAAUACCAGUCAGUUAAGCAAAGGUUCUGGCUAUGGAUCUUUAAAUUCUCACAGUCAACACAGUAGGCAGAGCAGUAGUGGUGACAGUGGUCACAUUAGGUCACCCUCCUGGCCGGUAUGGGCUCCACGUAUUCCUAAUACCUCCCAAAAUUCUUCGACCCAACAACAGACCACAAAACCUGACACUUCUCUCAAUAUCGAGUCCCCGACUUCGUCUUCCAUCCUGCGAAAUCCACGAAAUCGGUUCUGGUCUACGUCCAGCCCUGUUUCGUCGUGCGAAGAAAAAUCAGUGAGAAGUUCUUUGAGGUCUAGUAUAGCGGCUGUUCCAUUAUCUAACGAUCAGAAUGAAACGAAUGAAAACGGAAUUGUUUCAAAUGAUACGUGUCGCGUUAACGAGGAUGUCGAAAACGAGAUCGGUGUGUUCAAGAUACCUGGUCCGCAAGACGUAACGCGAACGCGGCAAUUGCGAAAGAAUUAUGAUAGACAUAGUUUUGAUUCAUCGAAUGAGCGUAAUGUAGCGAAUUCGUCGAUGAAAAAUCGGAAUGGACAACAGAACAGCAUAGUCGCUCCGAUCGCGAAACCGAGAAUCGGUCAUCCAAGUUGGAGAAAUAUUUCGAAAACCUGUGACUGCAUUGAGAAAGGAAAUAUGAGCCCGGUUUUGCGAUUGGCCGACCAGGCCAGAGCCGUAUCCUCUCCCGAUCCUCUCCAUAGGCCCGAUAACCCCAGAGCCUCGCUACGUUCCGCGACGACCGCUCAGACCCUCAGGGGUAUGGUUGGAGGUCACCGGAAGUUGCUGGACGGGGCGGGGGGCAAGCUGGCCACGGUCGCCACCAGCCCAGCGGACUCCGAGGAGUCCUCCUUGGGGGUACCGGAAGUCGCUCCACCGAGUUCCCAGCACCGAAACAGCAUAACCCCACCAAAUCCCUCCAGUGGUUCGGGUCUCAGCGAAACAGGAUCUCUGGAUCGAGCAAAAGCCGCGCUGGAGCGCAGAAAAAAGGCCGAGGAUGGAACCGGAAAUUCGAUUUUGUGCAGAGUUGAAGUGACGAGGCCAAAUCCGGAUUCCCUGAUCGAUGAGCUAAUCAAAGCAACGAAUUUGGAGCAAACUGAUCUCGAAAGUUCUGAGACUACUGGACUUCAGCUGUUCAUUGCGAAAGACGGGACGACUGCACUCGGUAGUCACGAGAUCAAAAGUCAGAUGCCCGCGGGUGUGUUCAAGCAGGUGGUAAUGGAAGAGAAUAAUAGGUAACACGAAGCUAUCGGGACAAGAAGACAGUACGCAAGACAAGUCAGCGCCACGUUCUCGUUGGCCCUGGUGCCAGAGCUCGUCUACGAGGCCUACGAGCCCCGGUAGUUACGAGAUCAACGAUGCUGGACGAGGGAAUCGUCGAGAAGACGGUGAACACGGCGACGAAACACGAACGCCCAUCUUUCAUCUCUGAAAAAAGAAAAAAAAAAAAGAAAAAAAAAAUCCUCCCUAAUCUAAAAUUAUCCCUUUCGGUUGCCUAGCUCUCCUUCCGGCGUUCGGUGCUUCACGCUUCUCGUACAAUGGAUCGUCAUUUACGCUCAAAACGCUGCUAAAUGUUUCUUUUAUAUAUAUAUAUAUAUAUCAAAUUAUGGAAAGCAGUCUUCGUUGAAUCGUGACACAUAUGCGCAUAUUUUAAAGAGGGGGAACCGUCGAUUUCUAGGAUGAUUCUGUGGCAACGAGAUGCAACAUACGCACCGAAACGCUUCGUUGAGAAAGAAGAAGGAAUUUGUACAGAGCGCUUCGAAAGAGGUGCACACGACUCAACACGAUAAUAUGUAUUUUGUUCCGCGAAGUCGAGGCACAAUGCAAAAUUAUUUCUUUUUUUCUUUCGUUGUAUUUUCGUCAUUGAGAUUAAAUCAAACAGUAUAUUGUUUAAAAUAAAUAGCUUUGGAAAGAAAAAAAUAUGUAAAACACGUAUCGAUAUAAAGAAAAAGAAGAGAAACAAGAACAAGAAAAGAAAGAAAUGGCGAGAUUAGAGGCGUUCAAUGGGUAAUCGUUUCGUGUUAAAUAACGUUGAACAAUAUGCGUACAUCAACGCUUCUUUUUUCUACCUGUGUUCACGGUUCCUUUUUUUAUCUAAACCGUGCAGUUACUAUAAAGUGGACUGAAUCGUUCGUUCGAGCGAUAUUUAAUUAAAUAGCAAGGUAUGAAAGGAAGCGCGAGUCUCGAAUAGACCCGUAGGCAUGCUAACGUACAAAAGAAAAUUUUUAAAGGAAUAAGUUUCGAUUAUAUAUUGCCUUUUUCGUCAUAUUUUGCUAUCGUUUAAGGUACAAGCGUUUAAUAUAUUAGUAUAUGUGUAUGUGUGUGUAUAUAUAUAGAUAUAUAUAUAUGCAUAUGCAUAUUACAUAAUCAUUUUAUCGUUCAUUUAGUCGUUCAGUUGGUUCUAUUUGAACCGAGCGGACUUAUGUCGAAUAUCUCCGUCAGUGUUUCGAUAUUAUAUUUAUUUUUAUUCUGGAAUUUAACUCCACUUUAUAGUAUUUCUUAAUAUAAUCUCGCGAUUCUCCUAUAUUUUUAGCCUUUAUGCUGGCAUCUUAUUUUUUUUUUGUUCUUGUAAAAUUAUGAUUGUACUGGGAAGUACAUGAUGUCUAUGCAUGUGUGUAUGCGUGAAUGGACGCGCGUAUGAGUAUGUAUAUAUAUAUAUAUAUAUAUGUAUAUAUGUAUGUAUGUAUAUAUGUAUGUAUAUAUAUAUAUAUAUAUAUGAAAGAGAGAAAGAGGAGCGUCGUUUUAUUGGAUGCAGAAUUCGAAUCGCCGUUUCCUCCCACAAAAGAUAUUCCAUUUUAUUAAAUAUUUUGAAUCGGUGAAACGAGAUUCAUCAAGUGCCACAUUAUUUAAUUUUUUCGAGGCUGAAUAUUUUUUCGUAAUAUUCCUAUAAUUAUUAUGAUAUUCUCGUCCUUGUACCUUUUUCCGAUAUAAUAAUCUCGUCGAUCCAGAGAUACGAAUAAAUAAAAAAGGAAGAAAAGAAUAAGAAGAAAAAGGAAAAAAAAAAGGAACGAAAACUCGCCUUUGAUUUUUCAGUUUUUCUGGUACAAUCGGCGACAACAUUAGUGAUUCGUUGUAUAUAGAGCGGUAGUAAUUGUUAUGUAGGUAAAUGGCUGGUGUUGUAUACAUUCGUUCUUUUCCCUAAUUAUUCGAAUUAUCUUGUAACCGCUAACAUAACUUCGAGCGUUGAGCGGACGGCGCUCAAUAAAAAUUUGUCGUACGCUGUAUGCGAAUGAAAAUGGCAAAAGCGAGAUGACGAUAACGUUCUGUAAAUAUAUAGGAGUGCCUGAAACCACGUUGAGAGUGAAUGAGAUACAGAGAGAGAAAGAGAGAGAGAGAGAGAGAGAG